ACCUGAUAACUUGCGUUCCGCAUAGAACUUUCCCACUAUCCAGCUUAGAUUUGUUUAUCUCCUGUUCGCUUUUUCCGCUAUACCGUGGCAUUCAGAAUGGAUGAUCCCGCUACAUUGGAGGGAAUGAAGCGUGCUGAACUUCAGCGUCUUGCCAAAAAGGCUGGGAUAAAAGCAAAUAUGAAGACGGAUGCCAUUAUCCAAGCUUUGCGGAAGCUUUAUGAGAUGGACACAUUGCCCAGUGCGGAAGGCACAUCUUGCAGUGAAGACACUUCAACUGGAGAUGAGUCUGCUGCUUCAGCGUCGGAGUAUGCAGGGACCUCAGCAAAUGAACAGCAACCUGAACAGACAAACUGUGAGAGCACUCCGCCAAAGAAGACGGUCCGCAAAGGAAGGAAGGGCCGUAAGCGUACCAAGGCAUCAGCCAAGUCAGCGACCAAGACACCAGAGCAAAAAACGGCUACCCCAGCAGCAUGCUCUGCACCAACACAGCCAAGCGUAGCAGCGAAGAGUAACACGCCCAAGGCACAGGGCCCGACUAGCUCUUCAAACACCCUCGCGUCUGCAGCUGAAUUACCCCUUCGCAGGAUGACACGGAGCGUCACACCGAAGACAGAAAGUGUCGCCCCUGCGACCAAAAUCACCCCAGCGCCAGUUGAGCCCUCGGUGCGAAGGAAGACACGAAGCGUCACCCCGAAAGCACAGCAGGGCCAGCCCGUUGUGGACGUCCCCGUUCGUCGCCGUCGGACGUAUGAGAUUGAGCAAGAGCAGGCUGCAGCUCAGGAAGCUACCAAGAAGGGACCUGAAGCCGAUCCGGAAAUGAAGAAAGCUAUCAUGGCUGAACUUGAGCAAAAGGCAGCAGAAAAACUGUCUCUACAAAGCCGAAUUCCCAAGCCCAGGACUGUAAUGAACAAGCCCAGCAAGCCCAUCACCCCCGGCAACAAGGACUGGAGCCGCAUCCACCAGGCCCAGUUUGACAAGAUGGAGUCCAUCGAUGACUACGUGGCCCGCAAGCGCAAACGAACAGAGACGUUGUCUGCAUCAGUGAAGAGAGCCAAGCUGACUGCGGAUGAGACCAGGGUAGCCGUUCAGAGCUUGACCUCCCAUCGCACACCACAGGGCAGUGCAGCUAAAAUUGCCAAGCCCGUCUCCAGGGUCCGCCCAUCUAAUCUGCCCUUCAACUCCCCCAAGCCAUCAGGGAUCAAGAGACCAGGGACCAAGGGGCGCACUUCAGGGCCGGCCCCCACCAGCAAGGCCCCAGCAGUCAAGAGCGUUACAUUUAAGGUGUCUCGUUUGAAGACCCCAACCAGGGCCGCUGUUCUCCUUGCUGGGGGCGCAGAGCCCAAACAGAAGCGCAAAUCCACCCCCGGACCUCGCAAAUCUGUCUCGGUCAUCGACACAUCGGCCAAGAAACCAGUACUGGAUUUUGCUUCUCGCAAGUCCAUUGGAGAGAGUGCGAGGGAUAAUCGCAAGUCCAUCGGAGUUGCCACCCCGUUCAAGUUUGGACAAACAGCUACAACCCCAGCCGCUGACACCGUCAGUAAACCUAUGUUUGAUCUUAAAGCAUCACUCAACAAGCCACUGUCAUACAAGCCACAUACAGGUAAACUAAAGCCAUUGGAGGUGUCAACACGCUUCCAGGCCACAUCUAACAUCCAGAAGGCCAAAGCCAACGUCUUGAAGAAACCCACCCUCAAGACUCGUGACAACAGGCGAGCAGGAGCCAAGCAGAACCGAGCAAACAAACGAGCCGACACUCUCAUGGCACGCCGUGGCAUCAGCGCAUUGUAAACUAAUUCUUUUAAUUGCUUGUACAUUGUACUUCAGGUUUUUAUAUUAAUGCACAUGUAUUUCAGAUGCAAGAUUUUGAGUAGUGCUUGCAAAUUGCUAAAAGCUGUUUUAAAUUUUGUGAAGUUUUUGUCAGAUUUGUUUAGCGGAUAAAUCUCCUGCUGUAGGACCACAGAGAUUGGCUUUGGCUCAUUUUUGUUCUCGUACGCACAAAUGAAAUGAGACAAGGCAACCUCAGUAUAGCUGUUCCCAGAGUGCAUGAGUUUCUGUUUAGUCGAUUUAGAGUGGCUAUUCACUGGUCUGUGAACACGGCCUGGAUUUUGCCUAUUCAUUGGCGUUACUUCACCAGUCUACCAUCAGUUACAAGCGACUGUAAGUCAGCAGACAGUCAGUCAGUUGAAAGCAAAGAUGACACUAGGCUGGAUGCCAGCGUAAAGCUCACCAAAAUUACAUGGUGGCCAAAGUACAGUGUACAGUCACACACAUUUCAGUUGUGUGUAAAUGGUGAACCUCUCAUCAAGUGUUGCCUUUCACACAAACACACAUACUG